AUGCUCUCGCUCUCAUCGCACAUUCCGCCACCACACUCAAAUGGAUUCAUCGCUACAACGCCGUCAAGAUCUGAUGCUGUCGCCGAUGAAUCAUCUGGUUCCGUUCAUGCGAAUAUGGAAGGAUCAUCUCCUUGUAUACUUCUUGCAAUUGCCAUAUUCAAGAUUUACUUACAAGGCUACUACAAAGGAGAUGAGCAUGAUGUUAUACCUAUACAUUGGAUGCCGCUAGAAUGUAUAUUACACAAUAAGUUUUCCAUAGAAUCAGAUGUUUGGGCCUAUGGAAUCUGUUUGUGGGAGAUUUUUUCUUACACUCUUCAACUAUAUUACGGGAUGACCCAUGAAGAAGUAAUCAAAUACAUUAAGGAUGGUAAUGUCUUAGGUUGUCCGGAAAAUACGCCCUUACCGGUGUACGCUUUAAUGAGACGCUGUUGGAAUCGUAAGACCAGCGAUAGACCAAGUUUUAAGGAAAUCAAUCAUUGUAUACAACAUAGCAUAGCUGAGCAUGAGUGUAAAACAGCCCUCGAGAUAGGUAAAUAA